GUGCGCAUACGGCUAACCUCUUCGCUCCGAAUCAACUUGUGGCGAUUCACAGUCAUAUCACGAAGAAUGACAACGUGCAUUAAGUUCUGAACCUAGUUGAACAAACGGUCGAGCGUAAAUGCCGGGCAUCAGUGCACUUUUAAGCGUAAUAACCGACUGGCCAGGUAUAACAAAAAUUUCUUUGCUCUGAGAGAACGUGAAGCGAAUUGGGCGAAGCGAAUUUGCCUAUCGGAGGUAGGAGCCUUUUCAAUUCCAAUAAGGUUCCAUUCAGCAAUCAACCUGUACGAUUACGUCUCGUCACUCUGAACGAACGAACAUUUUCCUUGACUCCAUUCGAAUGUGCAACAUUUCGAUGAUUACAAAGUAAAUAUCGUCAAAUCGAAAGCAACUUGGCAUCGGUUGCUACCGAAAGCGUGUUAACCGCUUCGACAGAUUGCAUAACGACUGUGGCAUUUUAAAGUUAUAAACUGGAAUUCGCGCUGACGCCUCUUCAAAAAUAUGAAUGCGGAAAUAUACGAGAGCCUGCCGACAUCCUCCAUGGCCGUGCAUAUGACAGCAGGUGCGUUUGCUGGAAUAAUGGAACAUUGUGUGAUGUACCCCCUUGAUAGUGUCAAGACGAGAAUGCAGGCAUUGACUCCAGGUCUAGGAGGGGGAGGAGGGAUAAGUGAAGUUUUCUUUAGAAUGGUACAACAAGAGGGCGUUCUAAGACCAAUUCGUGGUAUGAGUGCAAUGGUUGUGGGGGCUGGUCCAGCACAUGCCUUAUAUUUUUCAUGUUAUGAGUUCAUAAAAAAUAGGAUACUAGCUUCAAGGGCACACUCUGACUUUAAUUUGAUUGCCUAUGGAACUGCUGGCUGUGUUGCAACGCUCCUUCAUGAUGGUGUAAUGAAUCCAGCAGAAGUGGUCAAACAACGAUUACAAAUGUAUAACUCUCCAUAUCGAAAUGUCAUAGCAUGUAUAAAAAGUAUAUAUGAAACAGAAGGUUUAAAGGCAUUCUACAGGAGUUACACAACUCAGUUGGCCAUGAAUGUACCUUUCCAAAUGAUCCACUUUAUGACUUACGAAGUAGCACAAAAUUUUACGAAUCCAGAACAUGUAUACAAUCCUAUAGCACAUAUGAAAUCUGGUGCAUUAGCAGGAGCUAUUGCUGCUGCAGUCACGACCCCUUUAGAUGUUUGUAAGACACUUUUAAAUACACAGAAUGGCGUACAUGCUCAUGGUAUGAUAGAUGCUUUUAAGAAGGUUUAUGCCUAUGGAGGUGUAAGUGGUUACUUCCGUGGUUUAUAUGCUCGUAUUCUGUAUCAAAUUCCAGCAACCACUAUUUGUUGGUCAACAUAUGAAUUUUUCAAAUAUAUCCUACAUAAAAAACAAGGUGAUGAAUUUUGUGGACCAGAAGCUGAUAACGAUUUAAGUGGUGCAAAUCAGAGUCAAGCUGGUUCUUCUAGGUCUAGUCGCUUGAAAGAUGUGAGCGUUUAUCUUAAUAAAACAGCCCCAAGCUCGGUAUUACUUGAUGUGUCUACCAGUUAGGUAUUUCUAAAUUGCUUAAUAUUCACGCUGGAACACUGUUUGAUAAAAAAAAAUAAGCGUCCGUUUUUCGUAUGGCGAGAGUUUAUCGAAGAUAAGUGAUAUUUUGUUAAUUUAUCUGUUAUUGUUGUAUUACUACAUGUGUAUAAUAAUUCAUAACACGGUAGAGAAAAUUCAUGCCUGAGCCAAGCGCAGGACGCAGGCCCAUUGGUAUCGAGGAUUUAACGGAAAAUUUUUUAAGUUAUUUCUUAGUAUGUGGUUGCACAUAUACGAAGUACCGACACAAUAUGAAUCAUAAAACAAACUAUAAAUUGAAGAUAAUUUAAGCAAAAAAUUGUAUUUAACAAGUAUUCUGUUUUAUUAGAUGACGUAAAAUUUUUGUUUUUGCUAAAUAGUUAUUAUUUCAAAAGGAAAAUGGAAUUUUUUGAAAAAUGAAUAUCUUUCCCUUUAAAAGAUUUGUCACGAAAAUUAAAUGAAAUAUCAUUGUUUUGUGGGCACAGUACAUGAUUAAAAGUUCUGUUGAAUUGAAUAACUUCGUUCAAUUUAUUUAUGAAACGAUUGUGUAUAUAUUAGCAUGUCUGCAAGAAUUUAUAAUGAAAAUUCGCGAAUCAGUUAGUCUAUGGAAAAAUUUGAAACAUUUGUAAUUGUUCCUUGGAAUGUGUUAAACUAAAUUUGAAAUUGUGGAAGUAUUCAUGUAUUCUGUACAAAGAGAAGGUUAUCGAAGAUAAUUCACUUCACUGCAGCAAAAUUCUAUUGAACGAGUUACAGAUAGAGCAAAUAAUACCGAAGCAUUUUUUUAAACACAAGCUCUACUUGAAGAGAAUUUACUUGUAUAUUUAAUAUUGUACAAUAAACUUAAGUUAACAGCAAAACAGUGGAUUGCAUAGAUGAAAUUGUAGAAAAAAAAUGUAUAUAACAGGAGGUCAACAUAAUUGAUGGGCAAGCGCUGACUUAGGAUUUCACCAUGAAAAAUUUCGUAUGUUGCGAACCGACAUAUGACAUUUUAGUAUUCCGUAUUUAUAUGAAGUAUAAUGCACAAUCUAAGAUUAGGCGAAAACAUAAGUUUAUUGAAAUAAAAUACUGACCUUGGACUCUAGAUUAAGAAGUUUAGAUUUAAUAACUAUAAUAACUAUCUAGACCAAUCGCGGAUGGUGUAAUUAUUUUGUAGUGUAGUGUAGAUAAGUUAAUAUUACACAUGUAUGUACAGAACGAACGAACGAUCGAACAGACUAGAAAAGGAAAACUGCAAUGAUACAGUACGAUAUGUACAAUUCGUCUUGAUUACCCAAGUACAAAUUAAGAAUUGCUCCUUAGUCAGUUUGUAAUAUAAUCGACAUUGCAUCUAAACAUUAAGAUGGUAGAACAAUAUUGCUUCCUAUGGCUGUGAUUACUGGGUCAUUUGAUGUUGACUUUAAGAGGGAGUAAUGUCAUGUGAGAACUCAUACUUCACGCCAUAUUUAUUUAUUAUUACGGAACCGUAAUACUGCUCAUCGUUACCGAAUAAAUCAUUAUUUGAUGCUGCUUAACAUGUCAAUGAUCCUUGUACACGUCGAACGAACACGAAAUUGUACGCAGGAGAAUACAUUUUUUAGAAAUAUUUUUUUAUAGAACUAUGCCACGAUAAUAUACAUACUAUUUUGUGAAGAGAAAAAAAGAAUGGAAACAUAAAGAUUAUUUGUACGCCGCAAAAAUUCAAUCUUUUUUAAAAAUCUUAUCAUUAAUGAUGACAUUGAGAUAAUACGACGUUAUAUCGCUUUGUACACUUGUCGGUAACGAGAUGAGGUGGUAAACCCAACAACAGAAUCAUAAACAAACAAAACCGAGAUCUUUGAGUUCAGAAACGUUGCCAGUGUUAUCUGAAGUAUUCUUAGAAUCUGUGUAAAAAGAAAAUUGAUUUAAAGGGGGCUUCUUUGUACAUUCUAGAAAAUUUAUCAUUUUCCGUUGGUUUUAUCACAUUUCAAUGAAAUUUUAACACAAAUAAGUUCGUUAGAUUCAGUACUGUUUUCAUUUAUUAAUGAAGUAUUACAUCAGACACAAUAAUUUUGUAAUCUGUGAUUUUAAGUGUUUUUUUUGUUAAUUACAGUUACGUGUAUUUGCACAAGUAACUAAACUCUUAAAAAAUUCGAGCACGUCGAGCUUACGCGUCGACCUUACUUAUGUUACAAUCUAGUAUCGUUACCUUCAGGUAUACACACAAGUAUACAUAUGCAUGUUGUAUGUAUAAAACGCGUGUAUGGUCGGGCAAUUGACCGAAUGUAUUUAAGCGGUUGCAACCGGUGUUUAGCGAACGUAUACCUUGUGUUUACGAUCAUUUUUCUUCUAUAAUUUGAUUGUCGCGCAAAAUUUCUAUAUACCUUAAACUUCUUUUUAAUGUUCAAAUAAAUACUCAUUUCAUUUGUAAUAAAAAGAAAAAUAAUAAUACCAGUCGACAAU